CUUGUUUCAAGAGUAUUUUCAAAUAAAAAACACCAAUUCAAAUUGUUGAUUAGAGGCAGCGCAUAGACAGAGAGCGCGAGAAAGAGAGACGAUUUCAACUACGGGAAUUCGCAGCGCCAAAAAAUAGAAACUACAAAACACACCUGCACUUGACCUCUAGAACAAGGCGAGGGGAGGGAUCCUUUUUCUUAUCCAUUUCGCUAUACACAGUGUGGGGUGUUUUGUCAUGUCAAAUUGCAUAGCAUGGCAGCACCUGCGGCGACGAGCAAUAGCGCACAGUCGCACAGCAAAGACCGGCGACAUCAAGCAAAUCAGCACACAACACAGACGGCGACUGACAACAGCGGGUCUAACGGCCGACCAGCGGCUGCGCAACGAGUUGCGCGCAGACUCACAGGCGGGAUCGGCCGCCCGACGAGAAGAGGCAUGGGGGAUGUACCGGCGGGUAUCUCGCGAGCAGUUGUCGUGGGAGACGCUCGAGCGGCUGCUGGAGGUGAUGGCUGGCGACACGGAUGGCGCCAGGGCGCUUGGCCGCAUCGCCCAUGUGCUCACUGAGAUCACAGCUCGGCGAGAGCUGGAAGCUGGCGAGAUCGCCACGGUGGAGCGCAUAUGCGCGCGGCUGGAGAAGCCGCUGGGUGCAGACAAUGUGCCGCCGCUCGUGCCGCAGGCCCCGGCCCAGCCCAUCGGUGCGCAGGUGCAGCGUGCUCCUGAUCCCUUGGGCUCUGAGGGGGCCGGCAGGCCGAGUGGACCCGAGCUGGCAGAGGCAUUGGAAGGUCUUCUGGACCAGCCCUCGAUAUGCACGGAUCCGCGCGCGGUGUGGCGGGCCUACCGUGCGGCCAUUGCGAGCGGCACAGCGCUGGACGGAGCCAUGGCGAAGCGGCUGGUGAACUACGGCGCGAAUCUCGGGCUGAUCAACGGGCGGCGGUUGCUGGCGCAGAUCGAGCGCGACUUGGCGCAGGGCCACGCCGAGACGCUGGCCCUCGUGCGUCCGACGCUGAUCCGGGCAUACGCGCGGCUGGGGUCAAUCAAAGACGCGCAGCGGUGCUACGCAGCGGCAGAGGCCAAGGGCGACGACGUCGACUGGAGCAUGUGCCUGGCGCUGUUCUGGAGCGUGCGGCAGAAAGAGGGCCAGGCGCUCUUUGACACGCGCCUGGCUGCCGGCGGCCGUGCGACUGCGCCGAUGUUCGGCGCGCUGCUGUCCGAGUACGCGCAAAUGAACAACGCGCCGGCGGCGUAUGCGCUCUUUGACACCAUGCGGCGGCUCGGGCUGGAGCCGGACGCCCAAGCGCUGGGCGCCCUGGCGCAGGCGUGCGCGCUGGACGCCGAUCAGAGCCGCAGCUCGGCACGGCUCGCUGAAGUCUCCGCGUUCAUGCGCAGCUGGGGCCGCGCGCCCGACUCCGAUUUUCUCGUCGGGCUGCUACGCGGGUACGGCGAGGCGCAGCAGGACGAGAUGUUCGACGCCGUGGCCGGCCGCAUUGACACUGCAAACCCAGCCCGCCAGCCCGCCAGCCUGUGUGCCGUCAUCAUGGAGAACGCCGCCCGGCGCGGCAACCGCCCGCUGGUGGCAGCCAUGGCACGCCGCGUCAGUGCGAAGCCCGGCCAAGGGGUGUCCCGCGCCGUGCGCGCGCUGUGUGCCGUCGACAACGUGCCGCUGGCGCGCGAAAUCGGAGGGCUGGGCUCGACGCGCUUCCCAGAAAACAACGAGACAGAGAACAUUGCGCUGGAGCUGGCGCUGGCCGAUGGCUCUAUUGAGCCGCGGGAGCUGGCGCGCAUGGCUGAGAGCAUGGCUGAGCGCGGGUUCACACCGUCGUUCCGGCUGUUUGGCCGGCUCGUGGACGAGCUGUGGCUGCGUGGCGGCUCGGACGUGGCGCUGGGGGCCUUUGACCGGCUGUUCGCGCUGGGCGUGCCAGCAUCCAUCCAGCUUCUGUUCAAGGCGCUGCGGCUGCGGCUCCACGGGCCGCAGCCCUUGUCUGCACUGCCGGUCUACGACCACCUGCGCGACCACCUGCGCUCCACCGACCUGGGCCACCUUAACCUGCCGGCCUCGACGGCACAUGGCCUGGUCUCCAUUUUGAUCGAGCACCGGGGGAUCGCGCACGCGCUGAGCGCCUUUGACUUUCUCUGCACGCUGCCAGUGCCCAGACGCAGCCUGCCGUACGGCAUGGUGAUCACGUAUUGCAUCAACAACCGCCUGCGCGACCGCUCGCACGCGAUGAUUAGCCAUGCGGUGCAGCACAACAUCCCAAUGCACCCGGCGGCGGCCAACCUGUGCAGCCACUACCUGGCGCUCAACUCGACGGCCAGCGACGCCGCCAACUUUCUGCGCUACCUGCAGCGUACACGCGGCCUGGGGCCUGUGUCCGACGAUGUCUGCGACACGGUUCUGUUUAGGUGCGUCGAGGCCGGCCGCAUGGUUGACUUCGAGUGGGUUGUCGGGGCGCUGGCCGAAUCCCAUACCACAAGGCAGUCGGUUUGGGGCCGGCUCACCGACCGCCUGGCGCCCCACUACAUGCAUGCCCUACUGCUGAUGGUGCGCACGGCCGUUGGUGCCACUGAGGUCAAGAUGCAGGUGGCUCAGAGCAUCUUGGACUCUGUUGCGCAGUCCGUGUACGGCUGCGUGGUCGCCGAUAUGGUCCUGCGCGUCUUGCGCGAGCACUCGCUUUCGCCGACGCGCAAAAUAUAUACGCGGGCGUUUUCACAUGUUUUGGUUUCUUUGACAAAGUGCCAGCGGGAUCCAAAGGACCUGCUGCCGAAUCUGUCCGCAUCUUACCUGGCCAACUGCCUGAAGCGCAACAUUGGGCCGGCUAUCGAUGCCGGUAUGAGCCUGCCGAUGAUCGUGCGGUCGCUGGCAGCAAUCUCGUCAUCAUCACUGGGUGCUUACGAGGAUUGCUUGGGCUUGGUGCGGGACUUGCCCGCAGGCCGUUUGGACAUUGGGCUUUUUGGCGCUAUCGCCAAGGGGUGCGCGCAGUGCGGGUCGGUUAGGGGCGUGGAGAGCGUGCUGGAUGAGAUGCGUGUGCACAAGGUCAAGCCGUCCUCAAAGAUCCUGACCAUGAUCAUGGACUGCUACAUGCGCAUUAUUCCGCCGGCCAGGCAGAGUCGCAGACUGGCGGUGGCUGCAGGUCGUUUGGAUGCAGGCCAGUCAUUAGCAGACGGCUCGGCGCAGCAGGAUCACUCUGUGGCCGAUCCAGAGCAUUUUUUCUCUUUGAACGGGGAAGAGGAAAGAGCGGCAAUCGAGGCUCGGAAGGCUCAGGAGGCAGAGGAGGGUCAUUUUAUAGACUAUGCCAUUGAGCACCAUAAGAUGUGCCUAGGCAAGCUGCUGCUGGUCUGGGAGGAAUUCGACUACCACAAGAUCUACACUCCGCGCGCGGCCUACUCCACCCUCAUACAGGCAUGCAUUCGCGCACAAGACUACGCCAAGGCCGAAUCCUUCAUCGACCUCAUGGUGAGCAAAGGCAUCCCGCAUGACGAAACAACAGCACUGCACUGGAUCUCUCUUCAUCUGCGCCAGAACAAUAUUGACUCUGCCCUGCGGGUCUUUGGCGCUAUGGGCAGUUUGGAGCGCUGCGAGCAGUUGGGACAGGGAAGAUAUUGGGGUUUGGAUCGGGUGCAUCGUGGUGCGGCUCAUUUCGCCUUGAUUAUCGAGUAUUAUUUGGACAAGCAGUUGGUUGAUAAUGCAGUGGCGCUUUUGGACGCUAUGCAUGCGCUUGGGUUGACUGCUGAGUCGUGGUUGUAUGCGUUGGUAUUUCGGACGUUGGCAGAGGAUGGACACAGGGAUUUAUUUGUCGAGACUAUGCGCCAGAUUGUUCGCAUGCAUGUCAAGGUCGAUGAGUCUAUAAUGAGUAUCGUCAGGGAGUAUGCUGCCGGUGGUAGUGGCACUGAAAACGGCAACGUCACCGUCACUGGCAACAACACGAACGAAGAUAAUAAAUAAUAAUAAUAUUUUGUUAUUAUUUUGUUAUUCAAA